AUGGCCCUCAAGAAAAUUACUCCUACCGUGACUAAGAAGUACCGCUCCAUAGUUGGCAAACCUGGCGAAAAGGGCACCUCCAAGAUCGAAAGCUGGUUUUCGAAGGGGCAACAACCGGGCACCGACAACGAGGACCAGCAAUACGACGUCGCCAAAGCUCUGGAAUCUCAUGUCGCCGCUAACGAACACGAUGAAGUGGAUCUGGGCAAUGUGCAGCAACAAGACGCUGCCCCAGUCUCCCAAAGUUCGGAGGUUGACGCCAAUGAAAACACACGCGUUGAACUUGUCGCAGAAGCUAAGCAUGCUAGUGCUGAGAAAAAGCGGCUUGAGACUGAAAUUACCGACCAAACAUUGGUUGCGAUUGCUACUUUAAAGCAACAAAUCAAGAAGCUCGCUGACUCAAAGGAACAACUGGACGCCAAGCUCAAGGAGUUAAAGCAACAAAUCGGGGCCGACCGUCAGUUGAAUCAACAAAAGUAUGCUGACCUCGCUGAGUCAAAGCAAGAAUUGGUCUUUGGGCUCGCCACGUUAAAGCUGGAAAUGGAAAUUGAGCUCGCCAAGGCAAAGCUGGACUCUGAGCUCGCUAAGUCAAAGCUGGACUCUGAGCUCGCUAAGUUAAAGCUGGAAAUGGAAAUUGAGCUCGCCAAGGCAAAGCUGGACUCUGAGCUCGCUAAGUCAAAGCUGGACUCUGAGCUCGCUAAGUUAAAGCUGGAAAUGGAAAUUGAGCUCGCCAAGUUAAAGCUGGAAAUGGAAAUUGAGCUCGCCAAGGCAAAGCUGGACUCUGAGCUCGCUAAGUCAAAGCAACAAAUCGAGGUCGACCGUCACGUGGUUGAACAAUUGCGCGCUGCGCUUACCCAAUUAGAGCAGCAAAACGACGACUUGAAGCUGCAAAACGACGACUUGAAGCUGCAAAACGACGACUUGAAGCUGCAAAACGACGACUUGAAGCUGCAAAACGACGACUUGAAGCUGCAAAACGACGACUUGAACCAGCAAAACGACGACUUGAACCAGCGUAACGACAACUUGGAGCAAGACUUGAACGCCGGCCGUCGUAUGUUUUCGGAAUUCGUCGAUGAAUUGGAAGAAUUGCACGGCGCACUUUUUGCGGAACUAGAGAAGGCUGAGACCGGCCUUCGCCUUCGCCUGGACGCUGAGCUUGCCCGUUUGAAGCGCCAAAAGGACGCCGAAAUUGAUGCGCUCCAGGUCGACAACAAUAACCUUGGUCGCGUGGUUAAGCAAAAGGACGCUGAGCUUGCCCGUUUGAACCAAAAGGACGCCGAAAUUGGUGAUGUCCAGCAAGCCAACGCUGACCUUCGUCGCGUGGUUAAGCAAAAGGACGCUGAGCUUGCCCGUUUGAAGCGCCAAAAGGACAACGAAAGUCGUGAGCUCUAUAGCGACAACUAUAAACUUUGUCGCACGCUUGAUGAAAAGGACGCUAAGAUUGCCCGUUUGGAAUGCCAAUUAUACGACGAAAGUGAUGCGCUCCAGCAAGCCAACGCUAACCUUGGUCGCGUGGUUAAGCAAAAGGACGCUGAGCUUGCCCGUUUGGAGCGCCAAAAGGACGCCGAAAUUAAUGCGCUCCGGGAAACCAACGCUAACCUUGGUCGCGUGGUUAAGCAAAAGGACGCUGAGCUUGCCCGUUUGGAGCGCAACAAGGACGCCGAAAUUGAUGCGCUCCAGCAAGCCAACGCUAACCUUCGUGGCACAGUGAAGCAACAGAACGCUGAAAUUGCCGGUUUGGCGCAUAAAAAUGAUCAGUUGGUGCAAAAGAAGGACGCUAAAACUGCCAAAUUGAAGCAACAAAUUGGUGAAUUGCAAAACAAGGACGCUGACAUUGCCAAAUUGAAGCAACAGUAUGACGACUUGAAGCAACAGUAUGACCACUUGAUGCAACAGGUUGAGCACUUGGUGCAACAUGACACUGAAAUUGUCGAAUUAAUUAAUAUGUUGAAGCGUUUGCGCUUUUGA